AUGUCUUCAGCGUCAGAUCUCUCUCUUUUGGAGCUAUCAUAUCUAACCCUCCAGGCAGUCCUACAAGCAGUCAUUAUCUGUUCAGCAGGUUAUAUUGCUACAAAAACUGGUCUUAUCCCAAUUUCUGCUCAACGCCACAUUUCUCAUUUAAAUGUUCAACUCUUUACACCAUGUCUAAUUUUUACAAAGCUUGCAUCAUCCCUUUCUCUAAAAACUCUUAUUGAUAUCUCAAUCAUUCCAAUCUUUUAUGUCUUUUCAACCCUAGUAACCUUUUCAUGCUCAAAAUUUAUGUCACGUAUCUUCAACUUGAACCGUCGUGAAUCAAACUUUGUUACAGCAAUGGGAGUCUUUGGAAACUCUAAUUCAAUCCCAGUCACAAUCACUGUCGCUAUGGCUUAUUCACUUCCAGGUCUUAACUGGAGUAAUAUCCCUGAUGAUAAUCAAGAUAAAAUCGCAUCAAGAGGUAUCAUGUACCUAUUAAUUUUCCAACAAUUAGGUCAAACCUUGCGUUGGUCAUGGGGGUAUAAUACUCUUUUGGCUAAACCAACUCCAGAAGAUCUUAUUGAAGAACAAGAACAAAUUCCUAUCCCUUAUGAAGAUUUGGAAUAUAAUAUUUUCCAUGAAAAUGAAUGCAAAUUGGCUCGUGGAUGUACUUCUUGUGAACAUAACCAUUGUACUUGUACUUGUUCUUGUGGAGCUUCAGAUGCUGCUGCUGCUGCUGCUGCUGCUGCCACUGGCACUACCGCUGGCACUACCGCUGGCACUACCGCUAUUAAUGGCUCACAACCAGAACUCCUUGUUGGUGAACAUUCUUCUCUACUUGCCCACGACAAUUUAAAUAAUGUCACAUAUUCAGUCAAGCCAGGAACUUCAUCUUCUACUCAACCUACAGUUAACUUUGUUCCUUCUUCCAACUCAUCAUCUUCUUCGGAUAUUGCAGGCCAACAACACCGAAGCUUGAGCGGUAGCACCCAGGUUUCCUCUUCUGCAUCAUCCCAAGUUGAGGUUAAAAUUAGUAAGUUUGCCCCCCGUAAUUCUGUGGAACGCCUACCUGUGGUGGGACCCAUAGUUACUAUUGCCCGUGUUGGUGGUACAUGGUUUUGGGGGGUUAUGAAUCCACCUCUUUGGUCGAUGCUUUCGGCUGUUAUUGUGGCUUCAGUUCCAUAUUUGAAGGAACAAUUUUAUACACCAGGUCGCUUUGUUGAGCGUACCUUAUCUUCAGCUAUUCGCCAGAUGGGUGGUGUAGCCAUUCCAUUGAUUUUGGUUAUUCUAGGAUCUAAUCUUUACCCUGAUGAAAGUCAAGCACCUCCUUCGCGAAACUUUAAGAAACUUGUGAUUGCUGGACUUGCAUCACGUAUUUUCUUACCAUCAUUAAUUAUUAUUCCUACAGUGACACUUUGUAUCAAGUAUUUUGAUAUUUCUAUUCUUGAUGAUCCUAUCUUUUUAUUGGUUGCAUUUUUAUUAACUAUUGCACCUCCAGCUAUUCAGUUGUCACAAAUUUCACAACUUAAUGGAGUUUUUGAAAGAGAAAUGGCUGGUGUGCUAUUUUGGGGCUAUGCUGUGGUAACACUUCCUACUACAAUUGUUGCAGUUGUAUUGGCCAUUAAGUUGUUGCAAUGGGUUAAAUAA